AUGAGCACAGCACAACAACAGGCCCCCUCUUCACCAUCCAAGAGGCGCGUCCUCGGCGAUCUUGAUGUUAACGUCUCUUCCCCCAAGAGGAAAAACAUGCUCAAGACCGCUGCCCCAGGUGCCAAGCCAGAAUCUUCUCUACUCUCUGAGGAGACCAGGAAACGUAGAUUUGCUGCUAUGGCUGGAAAUGCGACGACCGAGAAUGAGCAGCUCAAGAGGACAUGUUUGGACUCGACUACAGCUGAUGAGGAGAACUUCCCGGCUGCCGCACAGCAACUUCAGCAGCAACAACAGGUCCCUGACGAGUCCGACAGCCAGCAAGCAGCCGCGUCACCUGCGGCGUCCUCCGUCUUUGAUACUUCGGCCCACGACACAACUUUGGCAACAACCGUAACAGAACCAGACACAGAUGGCCCAAACAUUUUGAGAUCCGUUGCGGCGGCAGCGUCAAGUCGCAUCCCCAGCCGCGCAGAGCUUACCAGACAGACUGCUGAGACCCUGAGACUCAGGCUCAGGCUGGCGGCCUAUAAGCUCAAGACGGGCCAAGCCGACGUUCCGCUCGAACAGCUGCAGAUGCGGCCGGUAUCGCAGAGCGAAAGGCCAAUGACGUCGGCGUCCAAUACGGAUGCCGAGCCGAGGUUUCUCGCGUCGUCGCUGCCGCCAUCGUCCAUAAACACCACUACAGCUGGUCGUAGGAUAUACGAGCCCCUGCACCACGCGCCGCGGAGGCCGCCGACUGCAGACUGCAGUGACGAUUCCGAGGACGAGUAUGGGGGCGCGGCGGCCCUGGCGUCAUCUUGGAGGGCAUCGGCACGUCCCCUGGCCGUCGCUGGUGGCUUGCGGCUGUCGCCUCCGUCGAGGUCAAUAUUGCCGGCGGCUGCGAGGAUGCGGCCCGACGACGAGGAUAACCUGACGGGUGGUGCAGCUUCGGGCUUGCUGGAGCUGAGGAAUUCUAGUCAAUAA